UCUAACCCAAUAACCCACUUACCCAAUACCCACCCUCAUUCAGUCAUUCACAAAACAAAAACCCUAGCCUCUCACUGCCUCACUCUCUCCUCUCACAGACUCACAGUCUCACAGCUCACUGCGCUGAAUCUCUUCCUCAAGCCUCAAACCCCUCUCUUCGAUCCUUCUUCUUCAACCUCGUGGUCCUCGUCUGCAAUCAAAUCUCUUCGAUCCUUCUUCUUCAACCUCGAUCUUGCAAGGCUGCAACUCAUUCAAUUUAGACUAAUUUCAGACUCAUUGGGGGAAGUUGGAGCAAUUUCUAUUGAGAAUUGUUAAAUAACCCAGGGGAGAAUUUGUCUGAGAUGUCAAAUAACGCUAGUGUUCCCACUUCCGCUAGUAAUACUCCAAUUGCAAUAGAUGAUGAUGAAAGUCCUCUAGAGACUAAUUCCGAUCCUUCUCUCCUACCAAUUACUAGUAGGCAUACUUCGGCAGUGUGGUCUGAUUUUAAGAGAAAGAGAGUUGGGGAUGUGAUAAAAGCUGAGUGCAACCAUUGCUCCAAGCUACUUGCUGGUGGGUCAAAAGCAGGAACUACUCAUUUGAAAGAUCAUAUAAAAAUAUGUCCAAAGAGAGUAUGUCAAGAUCUUCGACAAACAAGAAUGUUUGGUACAAAAAAAAACUUGAAUGAUAAGAAUGACACGAUGACAUUGGCUCCUUACGAAUUCCACCAAGAAGAUGGAAGAAGAGACUUGGCAGAGAUGAUUAUUUUGCAUGAGUAUCCAAUUAGCAUGGUUGAGCAUAUUGGUUUUAGAAAAUAUAGCAACACACUCCAACCUGGAUUUAAAGUGCCGUCUCGCAACACAACUAGAAAAGAUAUUAUGAAAAGAUAUGAGCUUGAGAAGGAGAAUGUUGCAACCUUGUUGAGGAAAGCAAAGGGUAAGAUUGCCUUAACUACUGACAUGUGGACAGCUGACAACCAGAGAAAAGGUUAUAUGGCGGUCACCUCACAUUUUAUUGAUAAUACAUGGAAGUUGCAAAGUCGGAUCAUAAGGUUUUUAUAUGUCCCCGCCCCUCAUACUGCUGAGGUUCUUGCUGAUGCUUUGAAAGAAAGCAUUCAAUCAUGGAAUCUUGAUCUUAGGUUGUCUUCUAUAACCGUGGAUAAUUGUUCAACUAAUGAUGCAAUGAUGGAAAUUUUGAAAGGAGUGUUUCCAUAUGGCUCACUUUUAUUGCGAGAUUGUGGAGAAUUUAAGGAUGAUGAAUAUGCUAAAUUAGUGGGAGAAUUAGAGGAAGGAUUUGAAACAUGUGAUAUCGAUUCUGGAACAAGUGGACUUUGCACCGAAUAAUUCAAGGCCUAAUGAAUUUCUUGUUAUGUAUUUGAAUAUUUGUAGACUUGUAGUUAUUUUUAAUAUUUGGACUUUGGACAAUUUGGAGUUAUUUUUUUUUUUUUUAAAAUGGUUAUUUUUAAAAUGGUUGAUCUUGCAGUGGUUUUUGUUGGAUUUGAGUUAA